UCGUGUAUAGUGAUCGUUGCUGGUUGAUUAGCUGAGUUACGAGAUUGUAGAUACAAACACAUAUGGUUCUCUUACCUACUUGGAAAUACAUAGCAGCAACCGGCAUAAAAAUAUAUAUUCGCACUCUGCUUUACAAUUUACAGCUGCUUAAUUGGAAUUUAGUGCGCUGGAAGAGUGCUUAGAGAGCAGCUGACAAUAUUUGCGCAGUCGAUACACGGAAAUAUUUUUAUUUAGCAGGAAAAAUAAUGUACCUGCAAAAAGAUUAAUAAAAUAAUUUGUGUGAUAUAAUUAAAUGCCUCUCUAUAUAUACUUCAAGAGUGAAAUGUUUAACAGACAGAUAAAAAAAUUGUAGUCUAGAUAUUUUCUUAGAUAAAUUACCAAAAGAAGUGAAUGCCAUUUUAUACAUUAAUUAAACAAUAAAAAAGUGCUACUGUUGAUAACAAUGGAAAAUCGUUUUGUUAUUUUGGACUGUGAUGGCGGCAGUGAUGAUGCAUGGGCAUUACUAUUGUUAAUCAAAGCAGCCGCUGACCAGCAUAUAACAUUGCUGGGCGUGACUAUCUGUGGCUGUGGAAAUACUGACCUGCACAAUGCGGCACGAAAUAUGUACCGCAUUUUGAAGGCUUGCAAACGAACUGAGAUUCCUAUUUAUUUUGGCGCUUCUGAGUCGCUUAUACCACCCACCGAACUUGUUGAUGAUAGUAAAUAUUUUCAUGGCCGCGAUGGCUUUAGCGACAUUUUGCCCCUGGAAGCAGAUUAUAAAAUUGAGCAGGUGGUGCAGGAGGAACAUGCUGUGGUGGCUAUAAAUAGAUUUUGUACUAUGCACCCGAAAGAGGUAUCAAUAAUAAGCGUUGGUCCGUUAACCAACAUUGCACUUUGCUACUCUAUGUUUGGUGAACAAUUUGCGAAUGCUGUAAAGGAUAUUUAUAUAAUGGGUGGUAAUCAUCAAGGUGUUGGCAACUUCACGCGCUGUGCCGAAUUCAAUUUCUAUUCAGAUCCCGAAGCAGCUCAUUCAGUGCUUGCCAGAUCGAAAUGUCCCAUUACAAUAUUACCGUGGGAGCCCUGUUUGGAAGACCGGUUUUUUAUAUGCCUUAAUUGGCGCUUAGAAGAAUUUGGCGAAACCGCGGCGAAUACCUGCCCUGCUAUCGAGAUAAUGAACCAAGUGGAGCGAGCUCAAUGGCUUCCAUCAAAUUUUAAAAGUUGGAUACCCUGCGAUGCUUUGCUUGUCGCGGUGUUUUUAUUUGAAAGUGUUUUUGUAAAAAAGGAAAGCAAAUGGCAUGCGACUGUUGAUUUGACAGGACACACACGUGGCCAAAUGAUUCUGGAUCAUUUGCAAGAAGUUGAUAAGUUUCCAAAAAAUGUACGCAUUAUCGAAUUGUUAGACUCAGAAAUUUUCAAGAAAAUUGCACAAUGGGCUGUGGGAUUAUAUGACGACUUUGUGCUCGAGCAUAGCAAUGGAAAUGUGGAAAUAUACUAACUACAGUUGAUGUGUGGAAAUACUAUUUUAUUGCGAUUGUUGCGAUUUUUAAUACAAAAUUUAACAAUACUUCAAAGGGGAUAUUAUUGAAGAAGAUCAUCUAAACAGAUGCAGACUAAGUAGUUUUUAAUAAAAAAUUACAUAAAAUCUUUGAAAGUGAUUUUUGUGGGUGGAGCAAGACCAGCCGGAUGCGGACUAAGUAGUUUGUAAUAAAAAUGUUUGCCAAUACUUUAGAAGUGCUAUUAGUAACAACUGCAUACCUCAUACCGAUACUCAUAACAUUGUACAUCUGGUUCAAAAGAAGUUAGCUGCGAAUCACCUGUGAGUUUUUGCUGAUUUCAACCUCUCAAAUAUUAAGUGGCCUGGUAGUUUCUCCCACUUGUACCAUCGAAUAUGACAGCUGAGCAUCCAUUUCAUUGUGUAGAUAAUAUCUUAAGGCUCAAUUAUUUC